AUGGCGGCGCAUGGCGCUAACGGCGAGCCCACUGUCGGCUCCAGCGAGCCUCGACAGAAGGGCAAGGCCACUCCGGAGACCAUCAGAGUAGGAUGCAUCGCCAUGGUCAGAAAAGAGGGUAUACCGCGUAGGGCCGAAAUUCUCAGUAUCAAAGAAACGAAAAGCGGGCGACAGUUCUACUGUAACUUUGAUAACUUCAACAAGCGUCUCGACGAAUGGGUGCCAACGAUUCGCAUCGAUUUCGAUCACGAUGUUGAGUGGCCUUUACCCGAGAAGGAAAAACCCAAGGACCCCAAGACCAAGAAGGGCGUCGCCACAUCCAAGAAGCAGAUCUCCAAGAAAUCCCAAAAGAGGCCCGGGAAGAGGGAGCAGUCGGCGCCGUCCGAGGCCCCUACCCCACACCCAUGGAGCGAGUUUGUUGAGUCACAAAGUCAGAGAAUGACGCCCACAGUCGAGGAUAGCAACAGCCAAACACCAGCGACAGGCGAUGCGACCGCUACGCCCGCGGCAGGGGGCGACGAGAUGGAGAUCGACCUAGAAGAGGAGGUCCAAAAGAAGGACCUACUCAAUGGCUUCAGCCGCGAAGACGAGAUCGAGAAGCUCAGAACACACGGCUCCAUGACACAAAAUCCGGCUGAGAUCUCACGAAUCCGAAACAUCUCCAAGGUGCAGUUCGGAAAACACGACCUGUUCCCCUGGUAUUUUUCACCGUACCCUGAGAUUUUCAACCAGGAAGAUGUUAUUUUCAUAUGCGAAUUCUGUCUCGGGUACUACGGUGACGAAAAGUCCUUCACAAGGCAUCGGCGCAAGUGCACCUUGCAGCACCCACCCGGCAACGAGAUCUACCGGGACGAAUCGGUGUCUUUCUUCGAGAUCGAUGGUAGGAGACAGCGGACCUACUGUCGCAAUCUGUGUUUGCUGUCCAAGAUGUUCCUUGACCACAAGACACUCUACUACGAUGUCGACCCCUUCUUAUUCUACGUCAUGACAACUCGGGACGAUAAGGGCUGUCACAUCAUUGGAUAUUUUUCCAAGGAAAAGGAGAGUGCCGACGGCUACAACGUUGCUUGUAUUCUCACGCUGCCCCAAUACCAACGAAAAGGUUACGGUCGCUUGCUGAUUCAGUUUUCGUACGAGCUGUCCAAGAUUGAGGGCAAGCUGGGGUCGCCCGAGAAGCCUCUCUCUGAUUUGGGCCUGCUGAGUUACCGCCAGUACUGGGGUGAGAAUAUCUUGGACCUUCUAGUAGGAUACAAUGAGCGUGACGAAAAGACGACGAUCGAAACCAUUUCAACGGCGCUUGCCAUUAUCCCACAGGACGUGGAACACACACUACAGGCGCUUAAGAUGCAGGUGUACCACAAGGGCGAGCACAAGAUUGUGAUACCGGAGAAGCUGAUACAGCAAAGAGAGAAGCAAAAAGUGAAGCAGAAGAGGCUUAUCGAUCCUAGCAAGAUCCAGUGGAAGCCGCCUGUGUUCACUGCUUCAACGAGGACAUGGGGAUGGUAG